CAGGAAGUAGCGCAGACCAGCAGUCAUUUCGGGUCUGGUUGGGAAGCGGUAUAUUUUGGUUCCCACAAAGUCGGUUCUACCCGCUGAAACCAGUGACACCAAUGGACUAAAUUCGCUUUUACAUAAUCUGUUCUUCUUUCGCGUUGGAAUUACUGGGUUAGUUUGACAGAAAUGGGUCCUGGUUAAAUGUAGAACGUUCUAGAAACAGUAGACCGCGGGGGUUCGAAUCCGGGCAGAAACAGCGCAGCCGCCCGAGGCCGUGAAGGAGCACAGCAGCAGCCGGGAGAGUCCGCUAAGGAGUCGCCUGCUAUUGUGUAUUCAGGCGGAUUCAGGUGUAUUCAGGCGGAAUUACGACCACAUUAAAGCUACCCAUCCCUUGUUCCCACCCUGAUUCUGUUGUGGGAGAGUUCAGACCAGUAUCAUCGCCAAGAUUGCCGGGCCAGGCAGGAAGAGGCACACCUCAGAUCCAGACCCCAGCAGCGGUAGUGAUUCUGGCGACGGGCGGCCUGUUAGCGCUAAGUGCCUGAAGAUGGCCAGCAGUGGAGGCAACGGAGUGGCUGGUAGUGAGACACUGGGGCGUCGCAGCGGGACUCAGCAAAGACGGGGCAGUGGCUCAGAACAGACCGCCAGUACCAGUAAGAAGAAACAGAAGGACAAGGUUAACCAGGAGAGCAGAGAGGCCAAGAGGGCUGCUGCAGCAGCCGCCAAUGCAGCAGUAGAUGGAGUUCUUGCAGAGGUCAAGAAAGAUGUGUUUGUGGACUGGAAGCAGAACGUCAAUGAAGUGACUGUCAGACUGCGCUGUGGAGAGGGUGUCCAGAGGAUAGAGGACAUCAACACCACUUUCACUGAUACAAACUGCAAUGUGUCCUUCCCAGAUGGACGCCAGUGGAGCUGUCAGUUACAGGAGGAAAUAGAGGCCUCAUGUAGUAAAGCACAGUACAAGGAGAAAGGAGGAUUUCUGCAUCUCAUUAUGCACAAAAAGAUUCCUUUUCACAUUUGGCCGUCUCUUAAGUCAAACAAGAAGGAAAAGUAUGUGGCCCGACCAGAGACCACAAAUGAAACAAAACCAUCUACCUUGAAAUCAUCAGAGAAACCCACAUUUUCUUCAGCGCAGCCUCAACUCCAGCCACGGCCUCCUUCGUCAACUGCACACAGCGAACAGAGUCGCACCAGUGGGAAGCCUGAGCAGGGCUUUAAGCGCUACUUCAAAAUCAAACCAAGCGAUGAGGCCAUUACAGACUCUGUACAGGUGAAAAAGGGGCCUGAGGACAGCCUGGAUAUCACCAAGGCAGCCCCAAAAGGCGAGCAGCCAUCUCAGGAACCCAGUGCCAUGAGCACCGCUAUACGGCUGCCCAAGACAAGUAAAGGAGCAGAAAGGGACCCAGUCUCUGUCAAAUUUACUGCAGCAAAUGGUAAAAUCCCUCAUCCACAGCCAAGCUCUGGACCGAGCCCACUGUCACACAGGAAUGAUGACAACAGAGAAAACGGGCAAGGAAGCCGUCAGGAAGUUGGACAGCUGGGGGCGGCUGCUGUCGAAAGAGCUCAGGUGGUGGAGAAGAGAAGCCAGUCAUCAGAUGCCUCUGAACUAACAGGACCUGUGACCGAUGACCAACUAGCAGCUCCUGAAAUCACCAGUUGCUUCCUGAGCCCAGUUGGCUCCAACAAGAACUUGGAUAGCUCUCUUCAAAAGCCGAGAGGCAGGACAGACUCUGAGUCGCAGGGAAAACCUGCUGAACCUGAAUCACAGCGAGACACUUUAAUAUCCCCACGGCUUGGAAUAACAGAGGCACUACCAGUACUGGCUGACGGUGUGGUUUGCAGGCAGAGCCAAUCAGCGGGGUUAACCCAGAAUUCGAGCAGCUGUGACGGAGAAGAGAAACGGGACCAGUCAAAGGAAGAGCCCACUCUGGAGAUGAUGCAACAGGAAGCUCCAGAGCCGAUGGUUAACCUGCAGUCUGUGAAAAAUGACUCGUAUGAGAAGGGCACAGAUCUGAUGGUGGUUAAUGUUUACAUUAAGGGAAUCUGCAGAGAUACGGCCAGAGUCAUCUUCAGAGAGCAGGACUUCACCCUCAUCUUCCAGACAAGUGAUACAAACUUUCUUCGACUUCAUCCAGACUGUGGGCCAAAAACAGUCUUCAAGUGGCAAGUUAAACUCAGGAACCUGAUCCAACCUGAGCUGUGCAACUACUCCUUCACCCCAUCCCGCCUAGACAUCACCCUGAAGAAGAGACACAGCCAGCGCUGGGGCGGUCUGGAGGCCCCGGCCACACGAGGUCUGCUGCCAGGUGCAGUGGGUGGUGCCAAGGUCGCUGUGCCCUCCAGCCCAGCCUGUAUGGAUAAAAGCCAGCCAGGCAGCAGUCAGCACAGCCUCCCAGCCAAGGAAGAAUCUCCAAGGGUUGGAGAGGAACCAACCAAGGCUCCUAAGGCCUCUCCCAGAGGAGUGGAGGACAGUGGUCUGGAUACUGUUACUCCUCGCUCUGUCUCUGAGCAUGUUAACAUCACCAAGGCAGAGCCCACAGUCACCACGCCCAAGCCUACUUGCAUGGUGCAGCCAAUGACCCAUGCCCCUCCUGCCUCUAAAGAGCGCCACGAGGAAGAGGAGGAGAAGAAGGUGUGCCUCCCUGGUUUCACAGGAUUGGUUAACCUUGGCAACACCUGCUUCAUGAACAGUGUCAUUCAGUCCCUGUCCAACACCAGAGAACUCCGGGAUUAUUUUCAUGACCGAGCAUUUGAAGCAGAAAUCAACUGCAGUAACCCACUAGGAACAGGAGGCAGAUUGGCUAUUGGCUUUGCUGUUCUGCUCAGGGCUCUUUGGAAAGGGACUCAUCAUGCCUUCCAACCAUCAAAAUUAAAGGCGAUUGUGGCCAGUAAAGCCAGUCAGUUCACAGGUUACGCUCAGCAUGAUGCACAAGAGUUCAUGGCAUUCCUUUUGGAUGGACUCCAUGAGGACCUGAACCGGAUCCAGAAUAAACCCUACACAGAGACCGUUGACUCUGAUGGACGGCUUGAUGAGGUGGUGGCAGAGGAGGCAUGGCAGAGGCACAAGAUGAGAAAUGACUCCUUUAUCGUGGACCUUUUCCAAGGUCAAUUUAAAUCCAAGCUUGUGUGCCCCACAUGUUCAAAGGUCUCCAUCACCUUUGACCCCUUCCUCUACCUGCCUGUCCCAUUGCCACAGAAACAGAAAGUGCUCUCUGUUUUCUACUUUGCAAAGGAACCUCAUAAAAAACCGAUCAAGAUUUUGGUUAGCGUGAGCAAGGAGAACUCCAGCACUUCUGAGGUUCUGGAAUCCAUCUCCAGGAGUGUGAGGGUCAAAUCUGAGAACCUCAGACUGGCCGAGGUGGCAAAAAAUCGCUUUCAGCGCAUAUUCCUGCCAUCCCAUUCCCUAGACACAGUGUCGCCGUCUGAUAUGCUGUUCUGCUUCGAGGUGCUUUCCAAAGAUCUGGCCAAAGAAAGAGUUCUUUUGCUCAGAGUGCAGCAGAAACUCCAAGUUCCAAACAUCCCCAUCUCAAAGUGUGCUGCCUGCCUUAAACCACCAGUGUCUGAAGAAGACAAGCUGAAGCGAUGCACUCGCUGCUAUCGAGUGGGAUACUGCAAUCAACAUUGUCAAAGGACACACUGGCCCAAUCACAAGAGUCUGUGUCGCCCCAACUCGGAGAAUGUAGGCCUGCCCUUCCUUGUUAGUGUGCCAGAGUCUCGACUCUCCUAUGCCCGCCUCUCCCAGCUGCUGGAGGGUUACUCAAGGUUUUCUGUAAAUGUGUUCCAACCCCCUUUCCAGUCAGGCAGAACCUCUCCUGAAACAUCCCAGUCUCGGUUAGAUGUGCCAACAACAGCGGUCGGCCCUCCUGACAGUCUGGGAUCUGGCGACGAGGCCAUAGGGGGCAGCAGUACUUUAGAAGCAGGCGAUGGACAUGGAGACAUGGAGAGCCCCUCUCUUCCGCCUGAAGUCCAGGGAGAAUAUGCUCAGGCGUCAGCGAUCCAUUCCGAGGCGUCGGAUUCCCUCUUAUCCUCCCAGACAUCCCUCUCUACCACACGGACUAAAGAUUCAGGGUUCUCCGAGUCAAUCUCCUCCACUUCCUGCUGUUCUCUGGACCCUCAAGCUGAAAAAGAGACGUCCUAUGAGAAAGCAGUGCGACCAGAAGCUGCAGUAACUGGGUAUCAACAACCAAGUGAGGCAGCAUCAGGUCAUGCUAGCCAGUUCUAUAUAGGUCUGCUGGACUCUAAUAACAAGGAGCAAAGGCUGGAUGAGAAAGAGGAUGCUCUAGCAGACCUUCGGGACGAUGUGACCUUAGAGCUGGUGUGGAAAAACAACGAGCGUCUAAAGGAAUAUGUGCUGGUCAGCUCUAAGGAACUGGAGUAUGAGGAGGACCCCAGCUCUCUGAGUGAGACAGCCAGAGCUGGACAUUUCACCCUGGAGCAGUGUCUGAAUCUCUUCACCAAGCCUGAGGUGCUGGCACCAGAAGAGGCCUGGUACUGUCCAAAGUGCCAGCAGCACCGAGAGGCCUCAAAGCAGCUUCUGCUAUGGCGUCUGCCAAAUGUCCUGAUCAUCCAGCUCAAACGUUUCUCCUUCAGGAGCUUCAUUUGGAGAGACAAGAUCAACGACAUGGUCGACUUUCCUGUCAGGAAUUUAGAUCUGAGUAAGUUCUGCAUUGGCCAGAAGGACGAAAUGCAACAGCCUCCCGUCUAUGACCUCUAUGCAGUCAUCAACCACUAUGGAGGAAUGAUAGGAGGGCACUAUACAGCUUACGCUCGCCUGCCAAGUGACAAGAACAGUCAGCGCAGUGAUGUUGGGUGGCGUUUAUUCGAUGACAGCACCGUGACGAUGGUGGAGGAGAGUCAGGUGGUGACGCGUUACGCCUACGUCCUGUUCUACCGGCGCAGGAAUUCCCCCGUGGAAAGGCUGCCGCGAUUCCCCUCCCAUGUUGGAGCAGAGUCGCCCACCGCUGCAGGAGCCACUGCCAGCCAGGCCUCUCUAAUAUGGCGGGAAUUGGAGGAGGAAGACGAGGGCCUUGAUGAAGGGCCUCGCGGACUGUUCCGUUCUGCACUUCGAAGGCGACAAUCACAGAGGAACAAAGCAGAGGAAGACCGACCGGACGGCUCGGUGCGACGCCACCGCAGGCAGAAGAUGUCGGACUAUCCUGACGAAGACUGUGUGCGAUAUUUGGUUCUGGGCUCACUUGCCGCAGUGAUUGCUCUCUUUGUUAACCUAGUUUAUCCCUUUCUUUACAAAAUCAGAUGGACCUGAGCAGAGACCAGCUGUGCAUUCCCUGGGUCAGAAAUGUAUUUUCAGGAUCAGGCUUUUGUAAGAGGAGUAAAAGCUGUAGAAUAAUCAGGCUCGCUUAUUAAACAGGAUAAAUGGCAACAAAAAUAAGUUUGAGCAAGUGCACAGCAGCAACUUCCCUUCUGUAAUGAUUUUAUGGGUCCGAUUGAUGUUUCAGUCUUAAAGGGGUUCAGGCUGCAGUAGACUGCAUAACAUGUGGAACUCUUUACAACAUCACCCCUGUUGUUUUGACUUGAGAUCAGCUUAUUUUACUUUAUUUUUUCUGGGGGUCAGUAAUUAAUUAUUACCUGGACCAGACUUGAUGAGCUGAAAGCUGUGGAACUUUAUAGUUGAUCCAUAGUGGUUAUUCUUCCCUGAGAAACAGUGGUUUGACAACACUGAAGGACUGUGAAGGUUCUCUUUUCAAACAUGAAGCCAGUCUGAAGCUCCUGCUGCUGCUGAAGGAAACCUUUUUUAUGCACAGUGCUCCUGCAGUAAUACUACAAGCUAAAGGGGCUUUUAUCAGAUAAAGCAGUUCCACAAUGAUGCUAAUUCAACAAUAAUUAUCAUGAACCACAGGCAGCCUUGUUUUUAAGUAAUUCACUCAGUGGAUUUGGUUUAAAGCGUCAUGUUUUGUCCAUUUCCUGUCAUGUUUUACAGAGUUCCUGUAUGUUUUGUGUUGUGUUCUGUACUCUUCAUUUUUUAUGUGAUAUCUAGGCAUGGGCUGGUAUGAAAUGCUCACUCCUUCAGCUGGGGAAAGUAGUAGUAAUAAUAGCUUUGUUUCAGCUAGCUGAUGGGCAGUGUUCAGCAACAUGUAGGGGAGGAGCAGUGCUGUUCGUCUGUGCUCCGUACAGCCUGUAGUAGUGAGUCGGGUAUAUUGCUUCAGCAAUAUCUCUGACAUCUCAUGCCAUUUUUAAUCCUCUGUAUACACCAGAAACCAGCCCAUGCCUAGUAAAAGCUUAUUAUGUUUCGCAUAAUAUCUUUAAAGCCAUGAGCAGAUUUAAGAUUUUCAGGUGAAGUGUAAUGAACAAUAUUUUGUAGUAGACACUAAGCUACAGACUGAAGACAUGUUCAUAGCCUCAAAAUCUAGAGUUGUUUCCUUCUGACUAUAUUUUUUGUAGUACUGCUUAGCACUAUGAGAAAUUGUACCUAUAUAUUUUCAAGAAAGUUACCUUCGUUACUGAAAGUAUAUAUUUUUAUUGUAUUGAAAUUCUAAUUUAAUUUAUAAUAUUUCCAGCUGAAUCACGUUUCCAAAUUCUUACUUCAUGCUGAGGCUUUUUUGAAAUAAUUUUUUUAGUUCAUUUUUGAGUCUCAGGGAAGCUGUAGUGGUACUAAGGCAGCAUCUGGUGAUCUGUGUUGGCCUUAUAAACUAGGUUACUUUUGGACUAUAUGCUUGAAUCUGAUAUAUGCAAUGCUGACGUAUGUCACGUUUUAAUGCGCUUUAGAGCUUGUGUUAAAUAAUUUGGAGCUUGAUAUGAAAAGCCGCGAAGAAGGAUGCAAUAUCCUAAUGUAGGGAACACAUUUACUAUCGUUAACUUAAACACUACAGAGAUUUGAAUACGAGUGAAGGUCAAAAUAACUUUUAAUAUGCUCACUUAGUUUUAAACUAUCUGUCAAAUAGUUGUCAUAGAAAUCAAAGUACUAUGUUUAAGAAGUAAUAUCUUUUUAAUUUCCUUGCAAUAUUGUAUCUCUACUCUCACCUAAAUACUGCUUUCUAAAUAAAUUCACUUUCUACCCUUGA